UUUCUUUCUUUACUUUUUUUUUCUCUUUUUCUAUUUGAUGCCCAUCACUUCUGUAUCUUCAAGAAGCCCUGAGGCCCUUCUUUCUUUUACUACAAAUACAGCCACUACAUUAUUACCUUGUUCAACAAAUACGAAAUUGAAAAACAACAGUUUUGCUUAUUGUAAUAACAAAUCAAAAAAUCAAUUACCUCCAUUAAAUGAGUUUAUUGCACAAGUCUUUAAAAGAUCUAAACUGUCGCCCUGUGUCUGUCUUGUUUCAUUGAUCUACUUGCAACGGUUAAAGUUAGGUUUGCCCAGCCAUGCCAGAGGAGAUGUUGAUACACCUUAUCGCCUAUUCCUUGCUGCUAUUCUAACUGCAUCUAAAUUCCUCUCUGAAACGGGUACAUGUCUUACAAGCCAAGCCAUUGUGGUUAUGACAGAUCAUGUUUAUACACCAAAAGAUAUCAACCUAAUGGAGCGCAGUUUUCUUGGUCUCAUAAAAUACAAUUUGUUUGUGAAUGUACAAGCAAUCAAAGAAUAUUUGGCCAUACAUGGAAAAACCUUAGAAAUGGAUCUUGUUGAGGAAGUUCUGGACCAUUAGUGUAUGUGUGUACAACCAUGAAAAAUCACACACACAUACAUAUACAUAUACAUACAUUCGCAUUCGUUCCAUUUUACCAUUGUAUAUUAUAUCUCACACAGUGAGAAAGAAUUCUUUUUGUUGUUAAUUAUACCUUUCUUAUUUUAUACUACCCAUUACUAAUACUUAAUGUAAAUAUUAUUUAUGUACACUUAUAACAAUAAAAAAAAACCGCUUAUCGGUUUGUCAACUCGA